CACUACCUGACUACUACUACUACCCUAGGUAGCCUCCAUUUUCUCUUCUGUUCAAACGUUCAUCGUGCACAAGCUUCCUGUUCUUCCUUUGACUCUUUACGCCUUUGUCCUGGUUGUUCGCUGUCAAGAAUGCGAGUUCGGAGCCUCACGGCGCAUACAAAAACUCUGGCCUCUGUCCUAAAAUAAGUGGCGAUUGCGCUCAUCUCUCACUCGCCGCCUUUCUCGCUCACCCUCACACUCAUUCUCACUUUUGUUCUCCACUGUCAGACAUCAAUCAACACCAAAACCUCAUCGCUUGCCUGUCGCAUUGGCGAGGCGGGCUCCCCCCGGCUUCAAUGGAGAUUCAACAUCCGCCGCAUGAGUUUGCGGCUCCUAUUCUUCACUUUCAGCACUCUUCGCAUCUUCAACCUGCGCCUGCGCCUGGGCCACUUCCCACUACCGAACUCCUAGACGAGCAACGUCCAAUCCCCGCCAAUACAAAGCAAAACGUCAUCGAACCACAGUAUCCUCAGACGUCUCAAUUAACCACAGACCAAGACAUCAUUACGAAUGGACCAUCUCCGCUAGAACGGGUCCCGUCACUCUCUCCAGACCUUGAUCGGGACGAUGCAAGCUCAAUUCUCAGUGAUCUACCAUCCGAAUUGGAUGAACCUGUCGCUGAACUCGACCCAAUCGAUUUUGAUUGGGAUGGCCCUGAGGGACAUGAAGUUCUCCGACUCAAACCAACUGUCGAGCAAUGGAACGACUUUCCGGCAAAUCUUGCAUUUGCCAGAAGUCUUAACGCUGAAAGCCACGGUUGUUUUAAAAUCGUCCUUCCUGAGGAACUCAUAGAAGACCUCCCAGAAAAGGACUCCCAAAAAGUACCGGCGAAUGCAUAUCGCCCUACCCAAAUUAAAAGGAACAGUUUCUGGCGAGUUGACACAGUUCCGUCUGUCGGCAGUUUCAACUCGUCUGUUACAGGUACGAAGUGCAAUGUCACGGCUAUCAAAGCCAUCGACCAGCUCCGAAAACUAUAUCGCAAGAACGAUCACAAGCAGAUUCGCAAUGUACGCUAUCGAGUUGAUGUGCCUGCAUGGACCCCCGAGCAACGCCUUGAAGCCGGCGUUCCUGAAAGAAGUCCCAUCUAUCCCCUCAAAGGUGAUAAAUUGGACAACACAAAAGCCAUAAUUCCUGGAAUCCAUACUCCAUAUGUGUAUGAAUCAGGACCCCAUUUCGGAGCCAGCUUUCAAAUACACGCAGAAGACUUCCGGCUCGUUUCCCUUAACCAUCUCUACAAAGGCCGAAAGAUUUGGAUCGUGGUUCCCUCGACUGCGGUUGAUAUUGCUGAAGAGGCACUUGGCCGGAAGGACAAGUGCUCUCAGUUUAUGCGCCAUCGAGCCGAGUUUUUCUUUCCCCAGAAACUGGAAAAACUUGGCAUUCCGUUCCGCAUCAUUGAUCAGCGUCCUGGCGAGACAAUAGUAAUUCUCCCAGAUGCAUACCACGAGGGCUUUAGCACAGGAUAUACUAUCGCCGAGGCCAAAAACUACGCCGAUGAUGCUUGGACAACGAAUACGUACCAACCAUGCGAGGUGAAGUGUCAGCUGGCCACGGCCAUCCCCGCUGACUUAUUGAGGCCGUUGCAAGAGGGCGAGACACAGCUCGACCUUUGUGCUGGUUUUGAUGUGACGGCAGAACAAGAAUCACCUCCCGCGACACCAGCACCUGGAAAAACAAAGAGGCGUUUCGAGGACGAUGGACAAGGUGCUGGGAACACUAAGCGGGCCAAGGUCUAGAACGGCGCAUGGGGAAGGAUACUGCUCAUUUACAUGCUUUUAUGGAGUUGCUCCGGCUUGCUUGUUGAUGUCUUGAGCAUCGACUAUUGCAAUCUGCUAGGGGUGGGAUUUUGCUAGGGAUGGCUUCAAUACCCGUGACGCCCGGCGUAUGACACUUUUCGGCAGAUGGCUAUGAUAUUACGGAUUCGGAACUUGGUUGUUUUUGGCGUUGCCCUCCUGUACAGAGUACUUUUGUCACAUGGACCUAAGAGGUCACAAUAUUUUCGUUCUUAG